AUGGCUAUCAACAAACAGACCAAAGCUCUCUUCUUUGAUGUCUUUGGUACCACAGUCCAAUGGCGAAAAAACGUUACGAAGGCUCUUGUGGAAGCUAGCAAACGUGCUCUCAGCAGUGAUAGGGAAUCCCUUGCAGACAUUCGCGCCCAAGCGUCAGCAAUGACAGAAGAUAACUGGCACAGCAUGGCCGAGGACUGGCGCGCGUCUUACGGCCGCUUCACAUCGACCUUCGACCCUUCCAACGGCUUCGUCUCCAUCGAUCAACACCACCACGACUCUCUUGUCGAGAUCCUCCGUUCCCACCUACUCGACGACCUCUUCACGGAGAGCGAACUGCAAGACCUCGUCCAAAGCUGGCACCGGCUCGACCCCUGGGAUGAUACCGUGAAAGGCCUGAGGCUGCUAAGCAGCAAGUUCCGCACUAGCACAUUGUCUAAUGGCAACGUCUCUCUUCUCGAAGACCUUGUGAAGCAUGGCUCGCUACCGUUUACGGAUAUCGUCAGCGCAGAGCACUUUGGCGCCUACAAGCCGUCACCGCAGGUAUACCUUGGGGCAGCGGAGAAGCUAGGUUUCAAGCCGGAAGAGUGUGUACUCGUUGCGGCACAUCUGCGAGACUUGAAAGCGGCCAAGGCCUGCGGGUUUGGGACAAUCUACGUUGAACGGGUUGGAGAGGAAUUUGGCAGUCUAGAGAAGGGUCAACAAGAGGGAUAUGUGGAUUUGGCGGUGGAGAUGGAGGACAGUCCAGAUGGGUUCGUAGAGGUCGCGAGACAGCUGGGUAUCUCGAGUCUCGACUGA